AUGUCAAAGAGAAAACAAAACACAGAAGACGACGGAAACGAGUCAGACGUCAGCCUCAUCGACGUCGACUUUGACUUCUUCGGCCCAAAUCCCGACGUCGACUACCACGCCAUCAACCGCCUCCUCAACCAGCUCUUCCAGGCAGAUGCAGAGGCCAUCCACGCCCACCAGCUCACAGAGCUCAUCCUCUCCCAGCCUGGCAUUGGCUCCACCAUAAAAACCGAUGGCGAGGAGGCAGAUCCAUACGCCCUUCUGACCGUGCUCAACAUGCACACACACCAGAGCCACCCCUCGAUCAAAGCCAUCGCCGACUACGCCCUCUCCAAGACAGCAGCAGCCGACCCGCCCUUCCACGCCGCGCUCAAGGGCCUCCUCGCCCAGUCGCAGAACCAUGUAGGCCUCAUCGUAUGCGAGCGGCUCAUCAACAUGCCCGUGCAGGUCAUCCCGCCCAUGUACCGCAUGCUCAUCGACGAGCUCAAGACCGCAAUCGACGCCAACGAGCCCUUCGCGUUCACCCACCUCCUCUUCAUCUCCCGCACCUACAAGCUCUCCGAAGAAGAAGAAUCCGAGCUCGCCGAAUCCCGCACCUCCAAAAAACGCAAAACGUUCCCGCAGCCAACGCGCUCCUCGACCGGCGUCUACUCUUUCCACCUCGAGGACGAGCAGAUCCAGCAGGCCGCGUCCCACGCGCUCGACUACGCCCUCACGCACGCCCUCCCGCGCGACAAGGACGCAUUCGGGCUCGACGUUGCGGGCCGUAUGAUGCUCGUGCCCGCCGACAGGCUGCAGGCGCUGGUGGACACGAUGAGCGAGGUGUAUAGGCCCCCUGGGGUGUAGCCUGUUUCCUUCCAAUAUAUAUAUAUGAUGCCCCAGAUAUAUGUCACGUCGAAUCCACUUUCU